AUGAGCAGCUCCAUGGAGGUGUCCUGGAUUUCUUGGUUCUGUGGGCUCCGGGGCAAUGAAUUCUUCUGUGAAGUGGACGAAGACUAUAUCCAGGAAAAGUUCAACCUCACCGGACUCCAUGAGCAAGUGCCUCACUUUCGACAAGCUUUAGACAUGAUCUUGGACUUGGAAACUGAUGAAGAGUUGGAGGACAACCCCAACCCGAGAGACCUGAUCGAGCAGGCCGCUGAGAUGCUUUAUGGGUUGAUCCAUGCCCGCUACAUCAUCACCAACGGAGGCAUCGCCCAGAUGUUGGGCAAGUACCAGCAGGGAGACUUUGGCUACUGUCCUCGUGUGUACUGUGAGAACCAGCCAAUGCUUCCCAUAGGCCUUUCGGACAUCCCAGGGGAGGCCAUGGUGAAGCUCUACUGCCCUAAGUGCAUGGACGUGUACACACCCAAAUCACCGAGGCACCACCACACCGACGGUGCCUACUUCGGCACCGGUUUCCCUCACAUGUUCUUCAUGGUGCACCCUGAGUACCGGCCCAAGCAGCCCACCAACCAGUUUGUACCCAGGCUCUUCGGUUUCAAGAUCCAUCCAAUGGCCUACCAGCUGCAGCUCCAAGCAGCCAGCAACUUCAAGAGUCCAGUCAAGACAAUUCGCUGAUUCCCUAUCCUC